AUGUUCCAUGACCCAUGUUCCAUGCCCCAUGUUCCAUGCCCCAUGUUCCAUGCCCCAUGUUCCAUGCCCCAUGUUCCAUGCCCCAUGUUCCAUGCCCCAUGUUCCAUGCCCCAUGUUCCAUGCCCCAUGUUCCAUGCCCCAUGUUCCAUGCCCCAUGUUCCAUGCCCCAUGUUCCAUGCCCCAUGUUCCAUGCCCCAUGUUCCAUGCCCCAUGUUCCAUGCCCCAUUUCUCCUUUCUUCCUCAUCGCUUGAAAACACACCUUCGCCCACUCACUCCAAACUAAACCGCCCCCUUCAUCCCCUUUUCCUGAACCCCCUUCCCCGUGUGCCCUCGUCCUCAUCCCCCCUGCCCUCGGCCUCAUCCCCCCUGCCUCUCCCCCCCAAUUUUCCUACCUCCUGCCCUUGCAAAAUCACAACAGGGAGUGUGGAGAAGAGGCGAAGGGAGCUACAAGACGAAAUGAGCCACCUCGCUGCGGAGAUCGGGCGGCUCUUUUUGGCAGCUAGCAGGAGGAGGCGGGUGGCAGCAGAGGACCUGGGGGAGAGAGUGGAGGGCGUGCUGAGAGGGCUGGAGAUGGGUGCCGCGCGGUUCAGAGCGGUCGUGUCGUGGGAGCCAGCAGCCCCCCACUUCUACAGUGCCACGUCAGCUCCUCUCAGCCAAUCACAGCUCAGCAUGCAAGAGAGAAGAAGGGGUGGUGGAGGAGAGGGAGUGAGGGCGAGGAGGGUAGGGGGGAGUGGCGGCUGGGGAAGGGAGGUAGAAUCAGAGUGGGAAGAGGAAGGGGAAGGCGAUGAGGAAGAGGAAAGGGAGGAAGAAGAGGAGGAAGACGAUGAGGAGGAGGAGGGGGAAGAGGAGGAGGAAAGCGGGCAGCAGAAGCAGCAUGGGACAGAGAUUUUGGUGGAGGAGGGAUUGAUACGAGUGGAGGGGGCUGAGAGUGUGGGCGAGAGGAGCGACGUGCUCUAUCGAUACAGCAGCACUGGCAUGGAUAGGGUGGGUGGCAUGAGCACGAGGGUGGGUGGCAUGAGCGUCAUGUGCAUCACCCAUCUGCCCCACGCAGACACGCACAUGAGUGUGAGCGCAGGGGGGAAGAAGGGAAAGGACAAGGUCAUUUGCAUCACCCACCUGCCGCAGGUGGCAGUGUAUGCAGACGCACACAUCGUUGUGAGCAAGCACAUGGAUGGGGUUGAUGGGCGCAUGCGCACCACUGCUGCACCACUCCUCCCCCUCCAUUCUCCCUGCCCCACACCCCCUUUCCCGCAGGUGAUCUGCAUCACCCACCUGCCGCAGGUGGCAGUGCACGCCGACGCGCACAUCAGCGUGAUCUGCAUCACCCACCUGCCGCAGGUGGCAGUGCAUGCCGACGCGCACAUCAGCGUGAGCAAGCACAUGGACGGGGCAGAUGGUCGCAUGCGCACCACUGCUGCCCGCCUCACGACCCUGGAGGAACGGGUGAGGCUGGGGAGAGGCACGGGUGAGGCUCGGAGGGAGGAACUGGUGAGGCUGGGGAGAGGCACGGGUGAGGCUCGGAGGGAGGAACGGGCCUCGGAGGUGGCUCAGAUGCUGGGGCUGGGCCUGCCCUCAGCCCUGGAGCUGUUUAAAGCAAAGGGAGGCAUGGAGAGAGCAGUGAACACAGUGAACACAGAGCGGCACUUGAAGGCUGUCCAGAGGGAUGCUUGA